GGCGACGCUCCCCGCCAGUCGGCCAGCAGUCGGCAGACAAAGCCCGGUAUAAAACGCGGCAGCCAGCGGGUCCUCGGCGUCACAAAUUGUCACGAUGUGCAUCUCGGAGCAGCGGCGGCGGCAGCUGCUACUUGUGCUGCUGGGCUGCGGCCUGCUAGUGUCCCCGGUGCGGUGUUUGUGCAAAGUCAAAGUGUCCUCGGCGCCGAACGCGGUGGCCGCGGCCCAGCACCAGUCGCGUGUGUACACGCCGGAGCAGGUGCAGGCCACCACCAUCGUCAGUCCGGAGGGCAGCGAGCCCCCGGCCGCGCUCAUCUACCCUGUCAAGAUCAACAACCCGGUCGAGAUUGUGUCGCCUGUGGUGAAUGUGCGCAAGAGGACGAGGGGCGUGCAGCAUCCGGCGCCCGUGGAGCCGAGUGUGCCCAAGACGGGUCCCGAGUACGUGCCCCCCGUCUACGUGCCAGCGCCCCCGCCGGUCGUCUCCGUGGCCCCCGCCCAGUCGGGGCCGGUGUACGUGCCGGCGCCCGCAAACGUGGUCGCCGCCGAGAAGGCCAAGCUGUGGAAGAAGAUUCCGAACAGGCAGGUCAAGCCCAUCUCCUACUCGACGGAUCUGAGCACCGCCUCUGAUGACUCGGGAUACAGAGUGGAUCUGAAAACGGCCACCUCUUCGGGAAUUCCAGCCUCGCAGAUCGAUUUGUCCCAGUCGGCAAGCGGAGGACACGGUGGAGGCGGAGGAGGAGGACACGAUGGUGGAGGUGGCGGAGGUCACGGCGGCGGCGGGGACGUAGGAGGACACGGAGGUGGAGGAGACCAUGACGGUGGUGGCGGAGGGCACGGAGGCGGUGGUGGAGGUGGAGGGGGCCACGGAGGCGGCGGUGGCGGUGGUGGAGGCGACGGUGGAAAGAAGGAAUUCAAGAAGGGUGGCGGCAAAAAGGGAUUUUCCUCGCAGCAUAACAGUAAUGGAAAGAAGGGCGCCAAGGGUCACAAGAGCAACCACUCCUUCGACAAGGGCGAGAAGGGCAAGCACAACAAGGAGGGCCACUCUGGCGAGCACGGUGAACACGGCGGCCACAAGAAGGGCCACAGCGAGGAGGGCGGCCACGAGUCGGCCUUCGCGGGCGGCAGCAAGGGGCACAAGGGCAACGCGUUCGGCGAGGAAGGCAAGCACAGCAAGGGACACUCAACCAAGGGCGAGCACAACAUUUACAAGCUGGACGAGUAUGAAAAGAAACACGAGUUCUUCGACGAGAAUUACGACGGCGGGCACCACGAUAAGCACGGAAAGUACCACGAGCACCACGAGGACAAGAAAGGCGGCCACGAGAAGGGUGGCUUCCAUAAGGGCGGGCACCACGAGGACAAGUACGGAAAGAAGGACAUCCACAAGAAGGGCCACCACGACGAGCACCACAAGGGACACAACAAUAAGCAUGGCGGAGAGUCGUACCACGACGACCACGAACACUACGGAAAGGAGGGCGGCGAAGAGGGCCACCAGGAGCACGGCCACCAGUCCAAGAAAGGUGGCGGAGGCGGUGGCGGACACGGAGGAGGCGGUGGUGGCCAUGGAGGGGGCGGUGGAGGAGGAGGCCAUGGAGGCGGUGGUGGAGGUCACGGCGGAGGACGCCACGGAGGCGGUGGUAAAGGUCACGGAGGAGGAGGUCACGGGGGUGGAGGGCAUCAUCGCUAAAACCCACCACGUUUUUUGUUUUAAGAAAUGGUGCCCAAGCAUCGUAUUGUUACUGUUGAAUGAUUUUAAAUUAUUGUUACUAACAUUAACACUCGCAUUUCUUGUACAUAUUCAUACAAUCCACUGUCAACGACGUAGCGAAAUAAAGACAGUCAAAGACUGAUGCGGCCAAAUA